AUGUCGAGUAAUGUCAAGCAGCUUAACGCGCUGCGCAAGGAGGAACUUGUGCAACGGGUUCUUGAAUUGGAGGAGGAGAAUUUGUGUAUGCGUCAAGAGAUGGAGCAGCUCCGUCGGCGUUCAACCGUUACCAGACACUACGACACAAACUCUCUUCCGUCCCUGCAGCGGUAUUCAGAUGAACCGCAGCCUACUGUCAGUCCCACAGGGAUAGGAAGGCCCUCUUCAAAAGUGAAGAAGGGAAACACGUACACGGUAUCUUUCUCUGUCAUGUUGAUUGAAAACGGUACGGCCAUCUCCGUCCCGCUCUCCUCUGUUAUUGAUAAAAGUUACAUGCGACCCGACCUUCGCGAUGCCGAUACGCCCGUUGUGGCUUCGUCGUUGAUGCGCGAUGAUUACGAUACGGAAUCGUUUGCACGUCACUCGAUGGACAGCCUGUGCGUAGACCGUUCACUCAGCGCGAGUGCCGAUGAACCGCUUGGUAGAAGUAGUGAGUUACAUGGGGUUUCUCUGGCGUGUGCCACGACCUCUGUUGCUGGGGGCUGGGUGUGUAAUGGCAGUGGUGGUAGACCAUCGGUCUUACUUGAAUUUAUUCCCACGGAUGAUGCUAAUGAGCCUGUACCACAGGACCCUGCGUCGAUUCAGUCGGCCCUGGUGUCAUCACAGCCGCGGGAACAACAAGAACGAUGUCAACAGGGACAAGAUGGACGUCAUUGGAGUGUUCGUCAUGAUAUUCGUCAACUGAGUUUAGGACGAGUAUUAAAUAAACGCUCCAUUUCGUUAGAUCCCGAUGCGCUCGUGUCACACCACACGCUUCGCACGUUCCAUAAGCAAUUACUGGAUGGCUGUGGGGUCUUAUCCCCUCUCUCCUCCUACGGCAAUGCCAUUUACCACUACAUAGUGAAGACGUUUGCGGUUCGCAAUGGCUGUCGUCAUAGCCCCUCCGAUAUUGAGGGUUUUGGCCGCACAUUAUGUAGCCUCUGUGGGGAGGUGAAGGCCGUCCUACAGAGGGAACCACGACAUGGAAGUGUUGUUUCCCCAUGUUAUGUCUUUGGUGACCUACAUGGUAACUUUUUGGAUCUAUUCUACUUUCUCGAUAAUCUUAUUUCGUUUCAGGAUCUGCGUUACACCCCGCACCGCUUUCUUUUUCUUGGUGACUACGUGGAUCGCGGGGAGUUUAGUGUAGAGGUGCUGGCGUACCUCUUCGCCAUGAAAGUGCUGGCACCAGAGAAGGUGCUGCUUCUGCGUGGCAAUCACGAGGACACACUCGUCAGUGGGGACAUCUCCGGAUAUGGCGACAACAGCUUUCGAGCGCAAUGUCAAAACCUUUUUGGCCACGCUCUUGGUGAGGAACUGUGGCACCGUGCAAGUGAGACAUUUGCCUAUCUCCCACUCACUGCGAACAUUGAUGGGCGCAUCUUCUGCACCCAUGGCGGAAUCCCACGCUACCGCGGUGGUGUAGAUGACAGAAUGCAUAUAUUAAGCCGGAGCGAUUUUCCUGCAUUUGAGUCUUUCUUUCAAGUUUCCGAAGAGGAUACGGCAUACAUGCGUAUGUGUCGGCAGAUGGCCAUGGACACAUGUUGGGCCGAUCCCGCUGAGGAUGAGAGCACACUUGACAAGUGGGGUUUUGGUGCCAAUCCGCGCGGUUCUGGCGUUAUUCUCUUUGGCUCCGUUGCCGUGGAUCAUUUUCUUUUAAAUCAUAACUUUGAAUACAUCUUCCGUGCCCACCAAGAGAAGUCAGAUGGGCUGAAACUCAGUAAGAGUGCCCGGGUCUUUACAAUAUUUAGCACCAGCGCGUAUGUUGGGCACGAAAACGGUGCCGGUGUUGUACUUGUGGCGGAUGGGAAGAUUCGACUGAUUAUUAAAAGCGCCGAUGACACCGCUCGUACACCAGUAGUAGUGGAGGAAGAAGACAAGGACGAAGAAGAAGAAGAAAAAGAGGAGGAGAGGGAGAAGAAAAAGAAUGAAAAAAUGCGAAAAUCAUCACAUCUGGCGAGAUAA